AUGUCUGUCGCCUGGGCACGGAUCGCGGAGACAUGGACAUGGAGGUCCGCUUCCGGCAAUCACCCUCACUUGCGGGACCUCAUCAUUGCCACGCAAGGAGCGGUGCGUGCGAGCGACGAUGCUCGAGCUAUAGCCAACACCUUUUGGGCAGUGGCAAAGCUUGGUCAGCACCGGGACUUGUUCUUCCCGUUGGCAGGUCUGAGGCAAAGCCUUUGUGAGGCAGUCCAGCAAACGGCAAAGCAGAUGAGCACGCAAGAGUCUGCGAAAGUGCUUUGGGGCAUUGCGGCUCUGUCAGAGCCAGCGCGCAGCUCAGUACUCAAUGUGCUUCCAAUGUUUGAGGAGAGAGUGAAGGAGACCAUAGAGGUGACCGCGAACAUGAAUUCGCAAGAGAUUGCAAGCCUCAUUCGGGCUGUGGCGAAGCUGUCGCAUUACUCGGAUGGUGGACUGUUGGCUGCAAUUUCCCCUGGCACCAAGGAGAUGCUGAGGUUCAACAUGCUUGAGCAAAAUGCCGCAAACAUGAUUUGGGCUGCGGCAGCAUUAUCAAACUCCGAGCCUUCUUUGGCUGACGUGCUUCCGUCCUUGCUGAAACGGGUGGAGCAAGUGAGCUCGCAGAUGCGCAUGCUUGAUGUCACAAGGACAAUUCAUGCUUCGGCCGUGCUGCCACAAGCAGUUGACAAAGAGUUGCUGGCAUCCGUGCUGCCUGCAUUGUCAGAGAUGGGUGUACAGGAUGUUUCAAGCAUCAUUCAGGCUGCUGCAAAGCUGUCACAGGCAGGAGACGACUCUUUGGCUGCUGCGCUUCCAACCUUGGUGGAGAGGGUGGAGGAGUUGAGGUUGGAGCUGAGUGCACAAGAUGUAACAAACAUCAUUCAAGCUGCGGCAAAGCUGUCACAGGCAGGAGACGACUCUUUGGCUGCUGCGCUCCCGAACUUGGUGGAGAGGGUGGAGGAGUUGAGGUCGGAGCUGAGUGCGCAAGAUGUUACAAACAUCGUGAGGGCUGCAGCUACGCUGCCGCAAGCAGGAGAAGAGUUGCUGGCGUCCGUGCUGCCUGCCUUGUCAGAGAUGGGUGCGCAGGAUGUCUCCAACAUCCUUCAGACUGCUGCAAAGCUAUCACAGGCAGGAGACGACUCUUUGGCUGCCGCGCUUCCGACCUUGGUGGAGAGGGUGGAGGAGUUGAGGUCGGAGCUGAGUGCGCAAGAUGUUACAAACAUCGUGAGGGCUGCAGCCACGCUGCCGCAAGCAGGAGAAGAGUUGCUGGCGUCCGUGCUGCCUGCCUUGUCAGAGAUGGGUGCGCAGGAUGUCUCAAACAUCCUUCAAACUGCUGCAAAGCUGUCACAGGCAGGAGACGACUCUUUGGCUGCUGCGCUUCCAACCUUGGUGGAGAGGGUGAAGGAGUUGAGGUCGGAGCUGAGUGCGCAACAUGCUACAAACAUCGUGUUGGCUGCGGAACAGCUGUCACAGGCAGGAGACGACUCUUUGGCUUCUGCGCUUCCCACCUUGUUUGAAAGCUUAAAAGAGUUGAGGUCUCAGUUGAGCCGGAGUGAUGUCAUCACCAUGAUUUGGGCUGCGGCGAAGCUGUCGCGCGGAGGAGCUGACUACUUGGCUUGUGUGCUUCCAACCUUGGCGGGGUGUGUGCACGGUGAAGAGCCGUCGAGGUCGCCCGGGUUGAAAUUGACGAUGCGCUUAAAGUUGAGCGCGCAGGAAUUUGCAAGACUUGUUGAGGCUGCGGCAAGGCUGCCAGUGUCAUGUAAAGACAUUCUGGCUCAUUUUCUCCCGAACUUGUCAGAGAUGAUUGCACGUGAGGUUGCAGACAUUAUUUGGGCUGUGGCAGGGCCAUCUCAUUCAGGGACUGACUCUUUGGCUGACGUGCUUCCGGCCUUGCUGAAACGGGUGGAGCAAGUGAGGUCGCGCAUGCGCAGGUGUGAUGUCAGACGACUAAUUCACGCCGCUGGAAAGCUGUCGGAGUCGCGUGAAGACUUGCUUUGUGUCAUGCUGCCUGAGUUGUCUAGGGAGGAUGUUUUAAGCAUCAUUCAGGAUGCGGCAAAGCUGUCACAGGCGGGAGACGACUCUUUGGCUGCUGCACUUCCGACCUUGGUGGAGAGGUUGAAGAAGUUGAGUUCUAAGCUGAGCGCACAAGAUGUAACAAACAUCGUUGGGGCUGCAGCAACGCUGCCGCGAGCCAGCAAAGCGUUGCUGGCAUUUGUGAUGCCUGCGUUGUCAAGGAUGGGUGUGCUGGAUGUUUCAAGCAUCAUUCAGGCUGCUGCAAAGAAGUCACAGGCAGGAGACGACUCUUUGGCUGCUGCGCUUCCGACCUUGGUGGAGAGGGUGGAGGAGUUGAGGUUGGAGCUGAGUGCACAAGAUGUAACAAACAUCAUUCAAGCUGCGGCAAAGCUGUCACAGGCAGGAGACGGCUCUUUGGCUGCUGCGCUCCCGAACUUGGUGGAGAGGGUGGAGGAGUUGAGGUCGGAGCUGAGUGCGCAAGAUGUUACAAACAUCGUGAGGGCUGCAGCUACGCUGCCGCAAGCAGGAGAAGAGUUGCUGGCGUCCGUGCUGCCUGCCUUGUCAGAGAUGGGUGCGCAGGAUGUCUCCAACAUCCUUCAGACUGCUGCAAAGCUAUCACAGGCAGGAGACGACUCUUUGGCUGCUGCGCUUCCGACCUUGGUGGAGAGGGUGGAGGAGUUGAGGUCGGAGCUGAGUGCGCAAGAUGUUACAAACAUCGUGAGGGCUGCAGCCACGCUGCCGCAAGCAGGAGAAGAGUUGCUGGCAUCCGUGCUGCCUGCAUUGUCAGAGAUGGGUGUACAGGAUGUUUCAAGCAUCAUUCAGGCUGCUGCAAAGCUGUCACAGGCAGGAGACGACUCUUUGGCUGCUGCGCUUCCAACCUUGGUGGAGAGGGUGGAGGAGUUGAGGUUGGAGCUGAGUGCACAAGAUGUAACAAACAUCAUUCAAGCUGCGGCAAAGCUGUCACAGGCAGGAGACGGCUCUUUGGCUGCUGCGCUUCCCACCUUGGUGGAGAGGGUGAAGGAGUUGAGGUCGGAGCUGAGUGCGGAAGAUGUUACAAACAUCGUGAGGGCUGCAGCUACGCUGCCGCAAGCAGGAGAAGAGUUGCUGGCGUCCGUGCUGCCUGCCUUGUCAAAGAUGGGUGCACAGGAUGUCUCAAACAUCCUUCAAACUGCUGCAAAGCUGUCACAGGCAGAAGACGACUCUUUGGCUGCUGCGCUUCCGACCUUGGUGGAGAGGGUUGAGGAGUUGAGGUUGGAGCUGAGUGCACAAGAUGUUUCAAACAUCAUUCAAGCUGCGGCAAAGCUGUCACAGGCAGGAGACGACUCUUUGGCUGCUGCGCUUCCCACCUUGGUGGAGAGGGUGAAGGAGUUGAGGUUGGAGCUGAGUGCGCAAGAUGCAACACGCCUCGUUGGGGCUGCAGCUACACUGCCGCAAGCAGGAGAAGAGUUGCUGUCGUCCGUGCUGCUUGCCUUGUCAGAGAUGGGUGCGCAGGAUGUCUCAAAAAUCCUCCAGACUGCUGCAAAGCUAUCACAGGCAGGAGACGACUCUUUGGCUGCUGCGCUUCCCACCUUGGUGGAGAGGGUGAAGGAGUCGAGGUUGGAGCUGAGUGCGCAAGAUGUUGCAAACAUCGUGAGGGCUGCAGCUACACUGCCGCAAGCAGGAGAAGAGUUGCUGGCGUCCGUGCUGCCUGCCUUGUCAGAGAUGCAUCCAGAGAUGGGUGCGCAGGAUGUCUCAAACAUCCUUCAAGCUGCUGCAAAGCUGUCACAGGCAGGAGACGACUCUUUGGCUGCUGCGCUUCCCACCUUGGUGGAGAGGGUGAAGGAGUUGAGGUCGGAGCUGAGUGCGCAAGAUGUUACAAACAUCGUGAAGGCUGCAGCCACGCUGCCGCAAGCAGGAGAAGAGUUGCUGGCGUCCGUGCUGCCUGCCUCGUCAGAGAUGGGUGCGCAGGAUGUCUCAAACAUCCUUCAAGCUGCUGCAAAGCUGUCACAGGCAGGAGACGACUCUUUGGCUGCUGCGCUUCCAACCUUUGUGGAGAGGGUGAAACAGGUCAUCGGGCACUUGAGUCCGCAAGAUGUAGCAAACAUCAUUCGUGCGCCACUGGCAGGAGACGACUCUUUGGCUGCUGCGCUUCCGUUGUUGGUAGAGAGGGUGAAGAAUUCGAAGAGGUUGAGGUCGAGGCUGAAGUCGGAGUUGAGGUUGGGCGAUGUCGACCUUAAUCGGGCUGGACCAGUUCAGGCGGAGGCUUAUAGGACGAUCAUGCGGCAAUUGGGGAAGCGAGUUUGA